AACCACCACGAGGGGAUAAAAAUGGCAGAGGAGUACGAAGACGGACCAGACCCAUUCAUGGUCGAUCUUGGUGAAGGCAGCCAAGGAAAUUUGCUUGAGGAAUCACAUCGUAUGGAAUCGGUGAAUCAAAUGCAAUCAGGAAACUCACUAGCGUUUGAAUUAGCAGCUGCAUUUGGUGGUAGCAGUACUCAAGAUAUACCAGAGCAAGAAGAAAAGCCUGCAGAGAGUUCAGAUAUUGCAACUGUGAAUGUUGUUGAAGAUAACGAUUUGAGUGAUAGCUCAGAUGAGAGUCGGGAUGUUAUAGAUAGUGAUAAGUUAGACGAAUACAAUAAAGAACUCAACAAUGGUAUAGAAAUGAAUGCAGGAUUUCUCAAAAAGUUAAAAGACAUCGAUAGUGGAUUACCGUUAUUAGAAUCAACAGCUACGGUUAUAGUCAAAAGGCUAGUAGAAACAGCAAAAAUACGCGACGACCAAUCCAGACAACUAUGGGAAUUAGAUAAGGAGUUAAGUAAAGAGGAUGAUUGGACGUUAAGUAAUCUAGACGCUCUAGAUGAUGAUGAAAAUCAUCAAUUAGAUAUUAUACCAGAGGAUGAAGAAGAUAGUGCAGAGAAGACAGAGAAAAGUGAAAAAAGUAGUAUACCCUCACUAGAAGGACUAGUCGAUGAUUACAUACAAGAAUCACUCACUAGCAUAACCGAAAUUUCACAAAUAUCCACAGCAAGCUUGAAUGAAUCGUCGAGAAAGACACGUUCUAUGAAGACAAUGUUGAUUUCAAUUAAAGGUGAAGAAGAGAGAACGGAAAGGGCAAAAGAUAUAAUACAAAGGCUUGAAAACAAGAGUAAACUAUCAAUAAAGCAGCUAAGUGAGAAUAUCUUGAGCGACUUCACGAUACAGUUGAAUAAACUGAAUGAAUGGGUUAAUGUACAACGAUUAGAUUAAUGAUAUUUGUUGAUAUAGAUCACUCC